UUUCUGCGAGCUAGCCCUUCUCACGCCGCUCUGCUCUUGUGUUGGAAUACGGAUUUAUAUGGUUAGAUUGGUACUCACAUUCACAAUAUUAUCAACGCCAUAAAAGAAACGAAGAAAUUUGGAAUUACACACUACAGAAGCCAAGAUGCCAUCUGAUGCCAAGAAGAAACGUGACGCAAAAAAGAAAGAAGCAGCCAAGAGCAGAGGGCAAAAAAAAGUGGUGAAAAACGAAGCCAAUGGGGACACCGCUGAUGUCAUAGAAAAUGGCAAUGGUACAGAGAAUGGCAUCGGUAGCAUUCCUGAUGAUGAUGCGGAGAACGAGGUCGUUCAACGCAUGAUGGAAGACAUGCGGUUGAACGCCGCCGCCCGAGCCUGCACAGGGGUGUUGGCCGUCCACCCGAGGGCCAGGGACGUCAAGAUCGACAACCUGUCCAUCACUUUCCACGGCGUGGAGAUCCUCACGGACACAAAGCUCGAGCUGAACUGUGGUCGACGGUAUGGACUCAUCGGCCUGAAUGGCAGCGGAAAAUCAACGCUGUUGUCCGCACUGGGGAGACGCGAAGUUCCCAUCCAAUCCCAGCUCGAUAUUUACCACCUGACGAGAGAAAUGGCACCCAGUAACAAGACAGCGCUUCAGGCAGUGCUGGACGUGGACCAAGAAAGGGUCCGACUUGAGAAGCUGGCGGAAGAGCUGGCGCACUGUCCAGACGAAGAUGCUCAGGAGCAGCUUCUGGAUAUCUACGAGCGGAUGGAUGACAUUUGCGCCGACAAAGCAGAGAUGAAAGCCUCUUACAUCCUCCACGGUUUGGGUUUUACCCGUGAGAUGCAGCAGAAGCAGUGCAAGGACUUUUCUGGUGGCUGGAGGAUGAGAAUUGCCCUGGCCCGUGCCCUGUACGUACGCCCACAUAUCCUCCUAUUGGACGAACCCACCAACCACUUGGAUUUAGAUGCCUGCGUGUGGCUCGAAGAAGAGCUGAAGACCUACAAACGGAUUUUAGUCAUCAUAUCCCAUUCUCAAGACUUUCUCAACGGAGUGUGCACUAAUAUAGUACAUCUGGACAACAAGCAGCUCAAGUAUUACGGUGGCAACUACGACGCCUUUGUGAAAACUCGAAUGGAGUUGUUAGAGAACCAAAUGAAGCGUUACAACUGGGAACAGAGCCAGAUUGCCAGCAUGAAGAACUACAUUGCAAGGUUUGGUCACGGCAGUGCCAAGCUGGCACGACAAGCCCAGAGUAAGGAGAAAACACUGGGGAAAAUGGUGGCUGCUGGCCUGACAGAAAAGGUUGUUGGUGACAAGAUAGUCCAGUUCUAUUUCCCAUCCUGUGGCACCAUCCCACCUCCUGUCAUCAUGGUACAAAAUGUCUCCUUCAAGUACAGUGACACAGGGCCUUGGAUAUACAAAGACCUAGAGUUUGGCAUCGACCUUGACACACGAGUCGCUCUAGUAGGGCCAAAUGGCGCUGGGAAAUCGACACUCUUGAAGCUGCUCUGUGGAGAUAUUCAUCCAAACGACGGCCUCAUCAGGAAACACUCUCACCUGAAGAUAGCGCGGUAUCAUCAGCACCUGUCAGAACAACUGGACCUGAACAUUUCUGCCCUAGAGUACAUGAUGCAAUGUUUCCCCGAAGUGAAAGAGAAAGAGGAGAUGAGGAAGAUCAUUGGCCGGUACGGUCUGACAGGAAGACAGCAGAUAUGCCCAAUCCGUCAGCUCUCUGACGGUCAGCGGUGUCGAGUAGUAUUUGCGUGGUUGGCCUGGCAAGUUCCGCAUCUACUGCUCCUCGACGAACCUACCAACCACUUGGACAUGGAAACCAUCGACGCGCUGGCGGAAGCCAUUGCCGACUUCGACGGCGGCAUGGUUCUGGUCAGUCACGACUUCAGACUGAUCAGCAGGGUGGCAGAAGAGAUCUGGGUCUGCGAGAACCAAACCGUCACCAAAUGGAAAGGAACCAUCCAGACCUAUAAAGAACACUUGCGGAAGAAAGUUAUGGCUAGCAACGAGAAGGCGAGAGUGUGAACAAAAACCUGUCGACGUCCCCUCCUCAUCAGGCUAUCCCUCGGCCGAAUCGGCGCCCCCUUUGGCUCCGUUGCAGCAACGCACCACGGCACAUACGACCGAGUAUGUGCAUUACACUUCGGAAUUAAACGCCCAGUUUGCACUGUCAA